CGCUCAUGCUCCUCACUCUCUGAACGUUUAAAUCGGGAAUUGACAACACGGAAGCUUCCUUUAUUCUAUGACUACCUACAUCCUCAACCGUCUCACUUACUGAAUGCGACAUUAACUGAUCUCUUCCCAAACCAACAGCCGUUUGUGCUGAAGAGCAGGACUCUUCCCUCAAUUGAGACCCCGCUUCAUAUGGCACCAGGCCACCACUUGGUCUAUUUUCCUCCUCAAGUUACACUGUCCCAGUUACUACCUGACGGCACUGAUAUCUUACAUAGCCCCGGAGACCCAUUCAACAGGCGUCUAUGGGCAGGCGGAAAAGUAAGGUUUCCAACGCUGAGCGGCCCGCUUCUAGAUGGCUGUAGGGCUGUAUGUCUGGAAACGAUUCGCGACGUGACGGUCAAGGGCCUAAAGGGAGAGGAGAAGAUUGUGGUCAGCAUCGAAAGACGGGUGGGCGUCGUGAAAGAACGGGAUGAGGAGGAGGAGCACGAUAUAAAGGAGAGAAUAUGGACAGAGAACGAGGAAGAAAACGGACAGGCGUCGGUCAUUGAGACUCGGAAUUUGAUCUUUAUGCGUGAGAAGACUCAGGAACAGCUCGAAAAUGACAAAAAAUACUUUGGGGAAAUUAGCAGGAUCAUUAAACCUCCCUCGGAUGCCCAGUUCCGCUAUAGAAUAAGACCAAACAAGUCCUUGCUCUUUCGGUUUUCGGCUCUCACAUUCAAUGCCCAUCUGAUUCAUCUCGACGAAAUUUAUACCCAACACAUGGAAGGUUACCGGAAGCUUCUUGUACAUGGUCCAUUGACUCUGAUGUUGCUGCUUACAGCCAUGCAAGGGCAUCUACAACCCCGGCAUUUCAUUAAGGGCAUUGAAUAUAGAAACUUGGCUCCACUUUAUGUUGAUGAGGAGCUGAUAGUCUGCGGUAAGCCGAAGACUGGCAGAAGGAUUGAUGCAUGGGAUGUGUGGAUUGAAGGUCCUGAAGGAGGCCUUGCCGUGCGAGGCUCCGUGCAAACA